GAAACCCCGUACAUAAAACGGCAACAGCCGUCAACCAGCAACAAAAAGAAAGUGCGAAUAAAACAGACGAUGGCAAGUCCACCGUUCUUGUGCAACAGAAGCAAGAAAUCCUGCUGUGCAGUACCAGCAAAGCCGUACAGUGGUACGGGUUUUUCGAAAUGAUUAUGUGGCAAACGGCGAUUUUUGGACUUGUGACUUUGGUGGUUCUCAGUAAGGUUGACGGUCAAAAAAAAGAGGAUGACUUCCAAUGUCCUUCCGCGACUGGAACGGGCAACUUUGCAGAUCCGGCCACCUGCCGAAGAUUCUAUCAAUGCGUGGAUGGAUACCCGUACAUGAACCGAUGUCCUUCUGGCCUGUUCUUUGACGACAUCAGCAAGUUUUGCACCUUCAAAAACGAAGCUAGAUGCGGUCCGAUAGCUUCGACUCCCGCUCCCAUUACUGAGCCUCCAACAGAUCUGGCGGAGAAAUGCAACAAUGAAGAGUGCCAGCUCCCGUACUGCUUCUGCUCGAAGGAUGGCACGGUUAUUCCUGGAAACUUGGAGGCUGAAAAUACGCCUCAGAUGAUUCUGCUCACCUUCGAUGGAGCCGUGAAUCUACAGAACUACGACCACUACAAGAAGGUGCUCAAUGGCAAAAGAACCAACCCCAAUGGGUGUCCGAUCAAGGGCACUUUCUACGUUUCUCAUGAGUACAGCAACUACCAGAUGAUCCAGCAGUUGGCCAGCGAAGGGAAUGAAAUUGGCACCGAAACCAUCUCGCUUCAAACAGGGCUGCAGGAUAAGGGAUACGAAGAAUGGGUAGGAGAGAUGAUCGGGAUGAGGGAAAUCCUCAGACACUUUGCCAAUAUUUCCAAAAGCGAAGUGGUUGGAAUGAGGGCGCCGUUCCUGAAGCCUGGCAGAAACACGCAAUAUAAGGUUUUGGAGGAGUUCGGCUAUAUCUACGACAGUUCUGUGGGAGUGCCAGCUUUGCCCAUACCAGUCUGGCCUUAUACGUUGGACUACAAAAUUCCCCAUGAGUGCAAAUCGGGAACCUGCCCAACUAAAUCGUUCCCAGGAGUAUGGGAAGUUCCACUAAACGCCCACUUUGUGGAAGGGUUCGAAGGUGGACACUGCCCAUAUUUGGACCAAUGUGUGCUGCACAACCACGAUCCAGACGAUGUUUUCCAAUGGCUGCAAGAAGACUUUUCCAAAUACUACGACCAGAACCGAGCUCCUUACAUGAUGGCGUUCCACACCAACUGGUUCUCCAUCAAAGAGCUGGAAAAAGGACUGGGAAAGUUCCUGGAUUGGGCCUCAAAUCUCCCUGAUGUGUGGUUCGUUACAACCACCCAGGCCCUCACGUGGAUGACCGAUCCGAAGGGCUUGAAACAAUUGGACAACUACGAGCCGUGGAGUUGCAAUAAAAAGGACAAUCUGCCCCCAACCCCUUGCAAAACCUCAAUCAAAUGCGCCCUGAGCUUUAAGAAGGAGAAUUUCACCGAUACCAGGUAUCUGGAGACUUGCAGAGAUUGCCCUAAUCAGUACCCUUGGUUGGGCGAUGCAACUGGUUCGGGCAUACCCAAUAAAGACAACUACGUGCCGGAUAACGUGUGAUUUGUCGAACAAUUGUGUGCAGGCGAGAGUGUAUUUACCAAAAAAAACAUUGAAAAUCGCAAAUAGACUUGUUUAUCUUUAUAAUAUCGUAAAUUAUUGUUUAACUUUAAGGAUUGAUCGGGCGGAUUUUAGCGUCGUUCAGAUGCAAAUAAUUAGACAGAAUCCUUACCGAAACUAUUUUGGGUCGUUAUUAUACUUAGAUAAAUAAAUUGUUGUUGUCCCAAAAAA